AACCACGUCUUAUAAUACAACUUCUAAGUUAUCUUCAGUUUUUACAUUUUAAUUUUGUCAGUUCCGCGAUAUAUUGCGUAUAGGAGCGUGUCUCGUACCUAUUUGGACUACAAAUCCCAGGUUGACUGCAGCCUAUGACGUAAAAUUUAUGUUCCAGACUUUACAGCGUUCGAAGGAAUUAAAAAACAAGUUAUUAUUGGUUACCAUGGUGAUGAAGUCAGCAGUUGAAGAUGAUGAUACUGGCUGGGUGCUGGGCAUACCGGAAAAGAUGAAGAACAAUGCCAAUUGGGUUGAUAUCACUCAUGAGUUCAAGGGUGCCUGCAAAGAGUUGAACCUCGGAGAACUGCUUCACGAUAAACUGUUUGGCUUGUUUGAGGCCAUGUCUGCUAUCGAAAUGAUGGAUCCCAAGAUGGAUGCAGGAAUGAUCGGAAACCAGGUCAAUAGGAAAGUGCUUAAUUUUGAACAAGCAAUUAAGGAGGGUGCCAUCAAGGUGAAAGAGCUCAGUCUUCCUGAGCUCAUUGGGAUCAUUGACACUUGUUUCUGCUGUUUGAUAACAUGGCUGGAGGGUCACUCGUUGGCACAGACCGUCUUCACCUGCCUGUACGUACAUAACCCCGACCUCAUUGAGGAGCCAGCACUCAAGGCCUUUGCCCUGGGUUUACUAAAAGUGUGUGACAUCGCGCGAGAAAAAGUCAACAAGGCAGCUGUGUUUGAAGAGGAGGAUUUCCAGGCAAUGACUUAUGGGUUCAAGAUGGCCAAUAACGUCACAGACCUGCGGGUGACAGGCAUGCUCAAAGACGUGGAAGACGAGUUACAGAGGAAAGUCAAGAGCACACGCAGCCGGCAAGGCGAGCAGAGAAACCCAGAAGUUGAGCUGGAACACCAGCAGUGUCUGGCACUUUUCAACAGAAUCAAGUUUACACGCCUGCUGCUGACUGCUCUGAUUGCCUUUACCAAGAAAGAGACCAGCUCAGUGAGUGAGGCCCAGAAGCUUGUUGCUCAGGCAGCUGACCUGCUGCCACCCAUUCAUUCCAGCAUCCAGUAUGGCAUCCAAUCCCAAAAUGACACCACAAAAGGAGACCACCCCAUUAUGAUGGGCUUUGAGCCUCUAGUGAACCAACGACUGCUGCCACCAACCUUUCCUCGCUACGCCAAGAUCAUCAAGAGGGAGGACAUGGUGGCUUACUUCAGCAAGCUCAUAGAACGCGUCAAGACGGUUUGUGAUGUGGUCAACACCACAAACCUACACGGCAUUCUGGACUUCUUUUGUGAAUUCAGUGAGCAGUCACCCUGUGUGCUCUCCAGAUCUCUUCUCCAGUGCAUGCAAGUCUCUUCUUUUCAGACGACGUUCCUGAUAGACAAUAAGAAAGUGUUUGGCACUCACCUGAUGCAGGAUAUGAUUAAAGAUGCCCUGAGAUACUUUGUUAGCCCACCAGUCCUCUCCUACAAAUGUUGUCUCUUCAACAACCACCAGGCCAAGGACUACAUCGACUCCUUUGUUACUCACUGCUCCAGGCCUUUCUGCAACCUCAUCCAGAUCCACGGACACAACCGAGCUCGGCAGAGAGACAAACUGGGCCAUAUUCUUGAAGAGUUUGCUACGCUACAGGAUGAGGCUGAGAAGGUGGAUGCAGCACUGCACAGCUUACUGAUGAAAUUGGAGCCUCAACGGCAACAUUUGGCCUGUCUGGGCACCUGGAUCCUCUAUCAUAACCUGAGAAUCAUGAUCCAGUAUCUCUUGAGUGGUUUUGAACUGGAGCUUUACAGCAUGCAUGAAUACUAUUACAUCUACUGGUACUUGUCAGAGUUCCUCUAUGCAUGGCUGAUGUCGACACUAAGCAGAGCUGACUCCUCUCAGAUGGCAGAAGAGCGGAUUCUGGAGGAACAGCUGAAAGGACGGAGCAGCAAAAAGACCAAGAAGAAGAAGAAAGUUCGCCCUCUUGGCAAAGAGAUCACCAUGAGUCAAGCGUACCAGAAUAUGUGUGCUGGCAUGUACAAGACCAUGGUAGCUUUGGAUAUGGACGGAAAGGUGCGAAAGCCCCAGUUUGAGCUGGACAGCGAACAAGUCCGCUACGAGCAUCGCUUUGCUCCCUUCAACAGUGUAGUUACUCCCCCGCCUGUGCACUACAUCCAGUUUAAGGAAAUGUCGGAUCUGAAGAAGUACAAUCCUCCCCCAGGUUCUGCAGACCUCUACCUGGCUGCCAGCAAACACUUCCAGCAGGCCAAGCUCAUCCUAGAAAGUGUGCCCAACCCAGACGCUGAGGUAAACCGCAUACUGAAGGUGGCCAAGCCCAACAUAGUAGUGAUGAAGCUUCUAGCCGGGGGCCACAAGAAGGAAACCAAGGUGCUGCCAGAGUUUGACUUCUCCGCUCACAAAUAUUUCCCUAUUGUCAAGAUAAUUUGAAUCCCACAGUCCAGCACCAGAAGUGCACAAACGCCCUGACCCAGUCCAUGUUGGAACGAUAAUAAAAUCACCUAGCUGUAACAUCACAUAGAGCUGUGUCUUGUUUUCUAUUUCUGACUUUACUGAGGUGAAACCAGACCUGAAAGCUAAUCUGGGCCUGAAUCAGAAGCAUUUACAUUGAUGGAGGUUCCAGGGUGGAACAUUAUGUUUUUGUUUUUUGUUUUAUUAUCCAAUUAAAAAGCAUCUUCUGAACACUGUGUGGUAAUAAUGUGUGCAUAUCUUUUGUAUUCCAAUUUCAAUUAUUCAGUCGGCUCAUAAAAACAUUCACAGUAUCAUUUAGCUCCAUUUGUGUCAUUUCUGGAAUUAUUUUGUAAAAGGAGAUAUUUUUACAGUGACUCAGAGCUGACCUAGAGUGUAAUUUUGUGGCUGCUUAUGGCCCCAUGUUGACCCUAAAUAUUGACUUCAGCUCAAAAAGAGAAAGUUGUAUAUAUAUUCCUUUCUCACAGUUACAUAUUUAAAAAAUAUUUGCCUGUUAAUUUAGAUCAUUAUGGCUUAUUUAUGUCAAAUUCUAGAAACAAGAAUGGAUUUCUCAGAAAAUAAUUAAUUUUAGAGCAAUAGCAAUGCUGCAGUUGUCUGUUGCUUCUUCAGCUAUUUCUAGCGCACUUUUUUCCUCCACUCAACUUUGCAAAUGAUAUUUUUGGAUAGUUCUGUCUUAGCAGUUUUUCUGUCUUGUAUGGCUGACCCUCCUGUUGACUUUACUGAACAACUGUCAAGUUAGUCUCCAGUUCUCUCCAUAAUGUGACAUUUCUGUAUUAAAAUGAUUUUUUGGUG